UUCCCUCACUACCACCACCACUCCUGUUAACUGUUAUGCAUAUGUCAAUGCUCUGUUUACAAGAGCUCUAAAGACUGGAAUCAGAAUCCAAAGAUGGGUUUUAGAUUCCAAUUACACUUCUUCUUCAUUACACUUUGUCUUCUCAAAUAUGUCAAAACAGAACAGUUUUACAACAGUAGUAGUAGUAGUAGUAAUGAUGGAAUAAGAGUACAAAAAAGUAGCUGUAAUGUGUUUCAAGGAAGUUGGAUAAUUGAUUCUAGUUACCCUCUCUAUGAUUUCUCAAGUUGUCCUUUCAUAGAUCCUGAAUUUAACUGUAAGAAGUAUGGCAGGCCUGAUAACCUUUACCUAAGGUAUAGAUGGAAACCAACUUCUUGUGAUAUUCCAAGGUUUAAUGGGUUAGAUUUCUUGAAGAGAUGGAGAGGGAAGAAAAUUAUGUUUGUUGGUGAUUCGUUGAGUCUGAAUCAAUGGCAAUCAUUAACUUGUUUAAUUCAUGCUUCAACCCCUAAUCUCAAGACUGCUGUUGUAAGGAGAGAUUCUUUAUCUUCAGUUACAUUUCAGGAUUAUGGGGUUUCAGUGAUGUUGUAUCAUACACCAUACUUGGUAGACAUGGUUAGAGACAAAGUUGGGACAGUUUUGAAGCUCGACUCAAUCCAGGAUGGUAACGCUUGGAGAGGUAUGGAUAUGCUCAUCUUCAAUACAUGGCAUUGGUGGACUCACAGAGGCAAUAAUCAACCAUGGAACUACAUGCAAGAAGGGACGAAAAAAUACAAAGACAUGGAUCGUUUGGUUGCAUUUUACAAAGGUUUGAGUACAUGGGCACGAUGGGUAGACCGUAGCGUCGAUCCUUCCAAAACGAAAGUCUUCUUCCAGGGGAUUUCUCCAACACAUUAUGAGGGAAGGGAAUGGAAUGAACCAUCGAAAUCCUGUAAAGGCCAAACGCAACUAGUAUCCGGAUCAAGUUACCCAGCCGGUUUGCCUGCAGCUGCAUUAGUAGUGAACAAAGUAUUGGCUAGGAUUCGAAAGCCAGUGUACUUGCUUGAUGUGACGAUGCUCUCGCAAAUGAGAAAAGAUGCUCACCCAACGGGUUACAAUGGUGAACACAAAGGCACAGAUUGCAGCCAUUGGUGUCUACCUGGUCUGCCUGAUACUUGGAACCAACUCUUAUACGCUGCUCUUAUCCAUUGAGACAUAACAUUUAGUUAACAUAUACGGAAAGAGCCAUUAUUUGUGUGUAUAUUUAAGAUAUAAUUGUUCAUUUGAAAAGUUUAUAUUCUAAUUUGUCUUUGAAUCACAAGAGUGGGGAAUUGUAAAGUAGUUAAUGUUGGCAAUGCCACGAGCUAUUAAGUUGUAACUUGGUUUGAAUAAGGAUCCACAUUGUUCGAUAGGCUCCGAUUUA